UUCUCCGGGAGGCAGUCAUGCUGGCGACAACAACUACAACAACACCAAGCAGAACAUCUAAAGCCACAAUUACCUCAGAUCCGGGCAUUCUGUGUUUUCAUCACUGCAACGUGAAAGUCUUCUGCUUCGUCCUGCCCCACACAUGUCCACAUUGCAAUGAGCAGCUCAAUGCGGAUGCCCAUACGGUUCCGGACACAUCCGGAGUUGGGAGCAGCAGCUCUAUGAUUACUGCGAUGCUGCUGCCCUUUCGAUUGCCCUAUCCAUUUGUGCGAGCCACGCAGCAUCCUUGCGCGAUUGUCCUGCGACCCUCCUCGGGCGACUUCCUCAACGAUUACAGCAACGCCACAGAUUUGCAUAUCGCGGUGACCACAUCCGCCGGCGACAUUGUCGAAUUCGAUAGGGACGGACUUCAGCGGCAUCGGCGCGACGAUAAUCCCCGCGACUGGUGGCAAUCACUGCUUGUGGGCGAUGUUCCCGAGCCCUGGCACUACUACUGGGAUGAGGUGCUUGAACAGAUUUGCGCGCAGUCAGCGCGCUGGUCCAUUGAACGCUACGAGGAGAGCAGCCACAACUGUUAUACCUUUGUGCUGGCCUUCCUGCAGUCGCUCAACUAUGCCCAGCUCAGCGAGGCGGCCCGCACCAAGACCAGCUUCUGUGAGAAGUUCAUUGUGCCCAGAACGACCACGGCUGGCAAAUACAUCUCGUUAUAUCGCCGGCUGCGCCUGGCCGGCGUUCAUGUGCAUCGUCAGCAGCCCAAGCAGCGGUCCUUCAAAACGGACGUCUCUGAUGGCAAAGAUCUCAAAUUGGCCAGCACAAAAGCUAACAACACCAACUUUGUGUGCGGAAAUAUAGGAGCACGUUCACAUCUGCGUCAAACACUCGGCACCAUCGAAGAGUAAUCGAAACUUUACAAAAAAAUUGAGAUGGCACUAUCGGUGGAAUCGAUAGCAAAAUUUAUCGAUGACUAAAUGGGUAAAUGAUGCACAAAGGUUUUGUGCAAAUGUUAUCUCCGACCCAUUAAUGUGUAUAUAUUCCGAGUCCGUCUGACUGUUUGCAUGAACACGACGAUCUGAACAUAAGUUCUCCCAGUUCCCGCGCACGAUUUCCGAUAAACGAUAACUGUCCCUGUCAAUGCUUAGUUUUUUAAAGCUAGAUUCACCAUUUGCCGCAACAUUUGCCACAUAGCAUCUAUAAUAGUAUAUACAGAUCAAUUGUCUUUCAGCAGAUCAACCCUCUAAGUCCUUUUGCUGGUGUAAAAAUCUAAAAUAAUUCCUUGAAUUAUCACUAUCGAUACUUUUGCAGCACAAAUCGAUAUGCUGCUCGUGUACUUGGUUUUAUUAAUUGUUAAGUAGUUGAAAGCAGCGAAACGUUAAAUAGUUACGAGGGGACAUUUAAAAGUUAAUUCUUUUAUAGCAUACAUUUUAAUUAGACUUUAAUUAACAAACGUAAUUGCUGCUGACUUCUGGUGGGUUGCAUUAUCGAUAGCACGAACAGACACAUAAAGUUUGUCGAUUGUUUAGCAGAUACCGUUAAUACUAUUCAUUAUUUGCACUAUUUGCAGCACUAUUAAAUAUGCUUCAUUCAUA